CUUUUGCAAAUGCUCUUCGUGGUGCAUACUGCAAGUUCCUUACCCAUAUAUAGAAGAAAUGACUGACUGACUGACUUCACAUUGGUGUUGAAAAUUCGAAUUGUGUUGCUUAUACUGAGGUGGAGUACAGAAGAUUUCCAAACUGAUUGAUUUCACAGUGAUGAAGGUGUGCCUUGCCUUUCCGAGUCUGGUUUUGAUAACCUCAUCCGUGUGGCCACCACCUGUAGUUGAAACGAUUUUUUCCUAGAUAAGUGGAGGAAGUGACCUCUUUGAAAUUUCUUCCUGUUGAUGGUGGUCGGUGGGUAUCAACAUCACCUCGGUCUUCUCUGUGUCCACUUAGAGUCCUGUCUGCACUGUCUGUCUACCUCACAUUUGCCAGUUUAUUGGUCUUCGUCUGCCUGCCUGCCUGUAAGUCUUCCAGUUUGUGUGUGUGUGUGUGAUAUUGAACAUAAAUCAAAUCGUCCACACACGGAAUCCAGAACUUCUAGAGACUUCUUAAUGUUGGUCCAACGUAUUUCUGUCUUCUCACUUCCAAGAACAGUCAGCCGAAAUCAACUGGUAAGCGAUAUUAUUUACAAUCAUAAUUAUACUAAGUGGUUUUAUUUAAGAAAUACAUAUAUAGAAGGCAUGAUGUAUACAUGUGUCACGUAUUCUACAAUUUAAUUAAUCCGCAUAAUUCUAUACUAGUUAUUCACCGACAGGGGUCUCAGAAACAACAGAUACUUACCAAGUUAUCUGCUUGACCUUAAUUAAGACUUCUAGUUUACAUCUUAAGGUUAUUAAGAUUAAUACUAAAGUUAUCUUUCAAUAUUCAGGUCAUUAACUA